UUGAAUCUCAGAACAUUAACAUACAUUUAUAGCACGAGCAGGGCGUUACAAUACAAAUUUCUCUCACAAACUAAAAAUGAAGAAAUGGAAGGGUACAGAGCACAAAGAAAAUGUACUCAUGUAAAUCUGCAGCACUAAACUGUACGCUUUCCUUAAAAACAAAAUGUAAGAUUGGCAGAUUUAUUUAAAAAAAAAUGUGUUGUGAAUGUAAAAUAAUCAAGUAAAAGCUGCAUACAUUUUAGCUACAGUAAAGUGGAUGGUGAUGAACAAAACACCACCUGACAAUCUCAGCUCUGAUUAACCUGAUGAGCUUAAAGUCUUACUCACAGACUCUAACUUGUUUGUGUGUGAAAUAAAUGUCCAUGUGUUUGUGUACCUAAUGCUUUCUGCCAUCUGUGCAUGCUUGAAGAGGACAGAAGAAACACUGAAUCAUUUUAUCUUCAGUUUUUGGAAAGUGUUGCACAAGAUUUUUGGCCAAGGCGAAGAUUAAUUUCGAUUUUGGAGGUCUUGUCUGGUUCGCUGAGCAAUACUACCCACUGGAUCAUCACUUUUGGCCUGGCUUAUUAGUAUUUUUUUUGUGAAUCACCGACAUCAGUAUGGGCUGUUCCCCGUCUAGAGGAAAGUUGUUUUCAAAGGAACAACAAUCUGGACUUCAAAAUGAGACCGAAGACUCCCAAACUUCUGAUGACUCGGUGACCUUGAACAUAAAAGAAAUACAACCGUCAGAGGAUAAAGACUUAAUAGGAGGGCAUGUGUUACCUCAAGCCAUUGAAGAUUUAGCAGAAACUGGAAAGAAAGAAGACACGGCGAUUGAAAAGCAGCAGAAAAACUUAAUCAGCCAAGCAAAGUUUGAAUUUCCACCACACAUGGUGAGAGCUCACCAAGCAGCCUAUGCAUUCCUAACCCCAAAUAUUACCAAAUAUGAGCUGCUGCUGGGUCUUCUUGACCAUGCUGCCCAGACACAACUGUCCCUGCAGCCCAUGAUGUAUGCUUUGGCUCUGCGUUUUGAGGAGAUCAACCAGGCCCUGGAGGAGAUGGCUGAAGAGGGGGAGUUGAUGUUGAAAGAGCACGGUGACUAUUUAACCUUUCCUUCGGGAUUGAUAAAUCCAUCUGGCAUGCCUGCUAAAUGUAUCACAGCCCAGCCCUCUGAUCCUCCUUUGGAUCUGUUACAGCAAAUUCUCCUACAUUCAACAAAGAAAAUGAAGCUUGUGGGAAGCUCAGUACAAACACUGGGUGACACCACGCUUGAAGAGGUCGUGGAGUGUUUUUCAUCCCUAUCGAAAUUGUUGGUGGGGAAGCUGCAAGUCAAGCAGGAGAUAGAGAAAAGAUUGAGGCAGGUAUUGGUACGAGUGGAAUGUGCCGCCAUGAGAAAAUUAUCUCCUGAGGAUACGGCUUUAAACAGUGAAGACAGUGGUUUUGCGGGAGAGAAUGAAAGUUUGACAGGCUCUGAGAGGCGCCACCGUGGAAGUGCAGGUUCUGGAAGUUCUGGAUCUGGAAUAAACACUUGCAGUGUCUUUAAUACUCCGGUAGGCCCGGAUGAGGAUGAUGCUGAUGAAUAUGACCAUAAACUUGGUAGAAAAAGGUCAAAUUCGUCUCCUCCUGAUCCCACUCAAACUCUUCUGUUCAUGUGUGCAGAAAAUGUGAAGGCUGUUGUGACCAAGCCAGAGUCCAUUCUGCCCAUUGGAAGGGUAAACAUUGCGACUGAACCAGGAAGGAAAAAUCAUUGGGAUCCACUGACAUCACAGAUAACAGCAGUGGAAACUAAAAAAGAGUUGGGAACACAUAAUUAUUUUGGAUAUGGAAUGAGACGUCACUCAUCAAGUGGACUAGAAAUGUUACAAGAACGAUCUUUUAAAUCCGCUGAAUCAACUGUCUCCUUACCAAGAAUAGAAAAAAUAAAUCCCCAACCUCUCAUGCUCCACUCAGUUAGAAAGCUGAUUAAUACAUCUAGUCAAGUGGUAGACAGACAACCAGUCCGGAGCCUUGCUCAUGUGCCAACUCUUGGAAGAAUACAAAAAAAAGGGGGGAUCCCUCCAAACACAGACAAUCAUGGCAAAGAUGAUCUUGAUUUAGAAACCCUUCCUCCACCACCUCUGGAAGUACUAAUGGAUAUUUCUUUUAAAAGUAACCAAAAUGGGCCACAAGAAAUUUCAGGCUUGCAUUUUCCUUCUAUGAACCAAAAGGCAGGGGUUUCCCACCGCUUUAGAGCAUGUGUUCAGAAUGUAGAUGUAUUGCCAAACCAAUCGAUCUUGAGACCAAAAUUAAGAUCGCAGGAUAUAGUACAACAAGUAACUAACCUUGGUCCAGAAAUGAACAACAGAGCAGAACAGACACGGUGUCGCAAAGACACUCAUUUGGACCAUGCAGAACAUUUCCCUGACAAGGCACAUAUUGAGGUUAAUUGUGUCAAAGGAGCUUUACACCAGUCUAGAAUAGGUAAGAGGUUUGAAAGCAAUGGCCUUUAUGAGAGUGCGAUAUCUACCUCCAGUCUUCCAUGGACAGCACCACCUGUUUCGAGAGUACGCCUACCACCGCAAUGCCAUUCAGUGCACCGAGUUACAAGCCAUCCUAUCGAAAAACCUGUAAAUCUACCAUUUCAUCCAAAAACAUUCACAACUGCCAAGGCCAAACCUGAGGACAGUCAGUCGAUCUCAUUUCACAAUGCCCGUCUAGUCUUCUGUCAAAGCGAUUCAGAACAACCUAAAUCCUGGACGUCAUCUGGAGGUAGAGUAAUCAAUGAUAAAUGUCACAUGAAAUCUGAACAGCCAAGUAAAGCCAUUACUCGGGCUAAGAAGAGUGAAUGUGACACACAACCAAAGUAAGUAAACUGAUAUUAUAAUGCAGCUGAAAGUGCUUCAGAAAACCCCCCAAAAAACAAUGGUUUAAUGAAUUAAUGGUUAAUUUGCUUGAAUAAGUUUUUUUUUUAACUAUUAUGGGCCUGCUUAUAGGAGCAAUGCACAGCAUCUAAUGUUGCUCAGCAACAGCUUAAGUAACAAGCUAUGUAUUCAGAAUGUACAGUAGAAUACCUCUAAUUUAAGUUUAGGGGUGUAACAGUACAUGUAUUCAUGAUCAGAUAUUUUGGUACGAAACUUUUGGUUGAGCCAACCCUGAGCACAGUCAGUCAGUCUAAUUUCGUAAUGCAACCUUGGCUUAUGUGUGCCCCAGCUCACAAGUGUUUUGUAAUACAAGAUAUCGCUCAGCUCGUUGAUUUGAGCAAAAAUUCAGGUUAGAAUCCGAAUUUGGCGAUUCCCUAAACCAUGGCUCUCAGGAAAGUGAGUGAGAAGGACAGUGCUGCGAAUAAGAAGAGGAUGAUAUUAAAAAAACAAAAAACAUCUGAAAAUAUGACCGAGGUGUGCGUGUAGCUCGUUUGGCAAAGCAGUAUGAGCAUAGCACUGCUACAAAAAAUAUAAAUCAUACUAAAUGAGCUUAUAACACUAGCCUAAGAUGGUAAAAUAAUAUAUAAACAUCUAUCCAUGAAAAUACGUUGAAGUAUGGAGUGUUUGACGAAGAUGCAGCUCGAAGAAGAUGCAGUAAAAGUCAAAAACAAGGGGUAUCCAAAAUGUAGCCUCCGGGCCACAGUUCAUUUUUAUUGAGCCUCUGCAUCUUGUGAACCUACAAUUAAUAUAUUGUCUUUGAGAUACAUUAUUAGAUACUGCAUUCAUUUGCUUUGUCACCUAUAACACAAGGCUUAUUUUGUUCAUAUAACUUAGUAUAAAAUGAAUUAUUUUCAAAAUCUUUUUAUACAGUAUACAAAAUGUAUCGAAGUGGCCCCCUACACUGCGGCCCGCGGGUCAUUGAAAAUGACCUAGUUUUGUAUCUUUAAUUUUAAAAAUAGUUAAAGCUGUUUACACAAAAACUAAAAGGGAUACAAAAUAUGGAUGCAUUUGCAUUAACAAUAUUUUUACUUUCUCCUCUUCCUCCAUUAUAUGGUGUUAUUUUAUGCAAACUACAAUGUGAAUGACCUGACGUAUUAGAAGCAUGUCUCAUGUCACCACUUUAAUUCAACUAAUCUAAAUUGGAUUACAUCUCUUUAACCCCGUUCUACCUUGACCAAGUUGACCCCAGCCCUAUAUCCUCUGCUUAUCAAUGUAAUCUAUUCAGACGUAAUGUAUUUUCCCUCUUUCCCUGAAGGGAUCAUCAGACCCUCUCGGAUCCAAUCGCUCAGUGAUGACAAUUUAGAACGUGUUUGUGUGGCAUCAAAAAACAAAACACAAGAUGUGAUUGAGACAAAGACACAAUUUCAAAAUGAUCUUCAGUAGGGAUGGGCACUAAAACCUAUAUUUCCAUAAUGGCACCAGUGCCAAUAAUUAACCAGUUGUAACCAGACCGAAAAGAUAAUUUAAUACCUGUGCUUCAUUUUGGUGAUAAAUAAAUGCAAUCUCAGCAACAUGCAAGAAGUGCUUGGCGGUGAUUGUACAAAUAUCACCUUGUCAGUCAUGUAGCGUCCCGACAGACGCACACGGAGUUUGACGUUUUAAGCUUUAUUGAACAGGCCGAAACAGUAGCCUUUAUUACACCGCUGUAGCCACUGGUGAUACUGAAAUGGCAAUAUUUAUUCUUUAAUAUCGAUUCUCAAAUCAACAUAUCAAUACUUUUGAUACUUUAGUUAUUUGACAGUAACACAGUGGGGGAAAAGUAAGUAAACUUGUGAAUUAGUCAAUAUUGAAUGCUUUUGUUGAGUGUUGCUUACAUCUUCAGUAUUUUCAUGUUAACAUGUUAAUGUAGCUGAAUUGUGAAUUCAUGUUAUUCUAAUAGUAGUUGUUAUUAUUUUUUUAUGCUUUUAUUAUUUUACUUUUUUUAUGGUUUGAAACACCAUUUUCGUGUACUUUGUCUGAUUUUGUCCUAUUUUUUGUGUUGUAUUAGCUUGGUUAUGUUAUUCAUAUAUGCCACUACCUCAAUAUCUUUCAGGGUUUAAAAUAAAUAAAUAGCCCUGUAUUGUAGUUAUUAUGCUCUGAGAUAUGUUAUGUGAAAUAGGCAACUUUUUAAAUUUUAGCCGACAUAUUAGGUAUAUUCGCGCAAAGUUUUGGAUCGGUAUCGCCGAUAUCAGUCUGAAUUUUACUCGGUAUCGGAUCAAAGAGACCAUUUGUGGUAUCGCACAUCACUACUAGCCACAAUAGCACAGGACUGCCUCAUUAUACACCAAUGACAGUUAUUGCAUUCACAAACCCCCCGGUAUUUUGAAGUAUCGACAGGCAAGUCGCUUUUUUGCACUCGCUCUGUGUUCUGCAUUGCUGUGAAUUUUUUUUUUUUUUCCUGGAUUUUAUUUCUUAUCUUUGAAUGUAUUAUAUAAUAAUCAACUAAUGUAUAUAAUUGAAUUAUUUAAAUGACAAGUCUUUUUAACUUCAAUGUCAUAAAAGAUUUGUUUUUACGAAAAUGUGCAUGUCUUGUAUUUUAUUUUUUAUUUUUUUGUCCUGACCAGUUACUCAGGCAGAUCAUAUUGUUGAUGUAGAUGCCCAUAUUUGUUGUACAGAUUUACUUUACAAAAAAGAAGUGUGGGAUCUAUUGUUGCCUUAUUUGUAUCUUACUUUAUUAAAUUGAUUUAUAUUAUCGUUUGGCGCAGCCGGACCGGCGCAGGAGGGGAUAGAAAGAGAAAAAUAGGAAGACAGACGGGGAAAUUGCGGGGACUAGAGGCGGAUAAGACAACAAACACAACAAUGACAACAGAACAGCAUCAGCAAAUACGAUAUGUACAAAUAUGGUACAAAAAGUGACAGCAAAGAAGCAGUUACUGAAGUAAAUAUUAAUAACACAGAAAUGACAAUGAACAUUAUUACACUACAAAUGGAGCAAUACAAAUACCAAUAGAAAUAGCACUAUUAAAAUGAAUAAUAACAAUAAUGACCUCUAUUGGCAACAAUACAAUUGUUUCAAAUGCAACAAUACAUACCGCAUAUGUAAUGAUUACUUGAAAUACAAAAGAGAGCUGAUAAAUGGAGGGGAAGACAAAGAAGCAAAAUGUAUUAACCUUGUAGAUUGUUAUAGUAAAAAUAGGUUAAGCUUUGUCAGUGUGCCAUGUGUUACUCAGUUUCCCCUAGAGCAGGAGUGUCCAAACUUUUUCCACUGAGGGCCGCACACGGAAAAAUUAAAGCAUGCGGGGGCCAUUUUGAUAUUUUUUAUUUUCAAACCAUAACAAAAUAUAUAGAUUUUUUUUUUUUACCUUUAGGGCUCCUGGGGCCCAUAAAGGGUCUCAGUCGCGAAUGUAACAGUUGGUUGGGGGGCGCAUAAUAAAUUAAAAUAACAUAACAUAACAUAACAUAACAUUAAAAUGUUAAAAACAAGUCAAAUUAUUAUUUUUUUUAUUUUUUAUUUAACGCUUACAAUAAAUCUGUAUAUCAACUUCAGGUUGAUAUAAAGUAAAAAAAAAAAAAAAAAAAGCCUUACGCCUUUUCUGUCAAAGACAACUUUGUUUUUUUAUAGUAAAAUUGAAAUAUGCAGUAUUUGGACAAUUGUGAACUAAUUGGAGCCCUGAAAAGAUCAAUAAUGCAUGACACCAUUGAUUUUAUUGUCAUUAUUAUUUUUGAUUAAUCACAGUAAAAAGAUAAAUAAAAUCCCCACUAAAUAUUUUGGGAUGCAAAAGGUCCCCCACUCAUAAAGUGAUACAUAUUUAUUAUUAUUUGUCUUACUUUCAAGACUUAAGUUACGAGAUCGACUUCAGAUAUUUCUGUCGAUUUUACGUUUGAACUAUUAUUUUGUUUGUUUUAUGCUCUUUUGUCAAAGAAAACGUUGAUGUUUUUAUAUGGCAACCGCACAAAAUAUGCAAUAUUUUUUCCACAUAAAACAUUUUAAUGUGAAAUAUUUAAAGUAAUUGGAGCCUUGAAUAGGUCAAUAAUUCAUUAUAACAUUGAUUUUUUGCCUUUUUUUUUUUCUUUGAGCAUUGUCAAAAAAAGGAAAAUAAAGAUAGACAGCCUGCAUGGCAGCUUUGUGUCAACAUUGCAACUUUUUCUAGUUAGAUUUCACCUCAUUCCACUUUUUUAAUGUUUUUUGAUUUUUGUAAUAGCAUUUCCAGAAUGUGUGGCGGGCCGGUAAACAAUUAGCUGCGUGCCGCAAAUGGCCCCCGGGCUGCACUUUGGACACCCCUGCCCUAGAGGAACAACGUUAUUAUAUGUUUGGUGAAACGUGAUUAUAUGCAUGAGUGUAUGUAUGCAUAUGUGUUUGUGUAUGUACAGUAUGUGUAUAUGUAGGUUUGUACAGUCAAUGUGCAUUUGGAUGUACUGUAUGUACCGUGAGUGUGUAUGUAUGUACUGUAUUUGUAUGUGGGUAAGUACCUAUGUGUGCGCGUGUGUAUGUAUUAAUGAAUGAAUGUAUGUGUGUGUAUGUACAAUAUGUGUGCGGGAGCCAAAGUAUGGCCCCAGCCACCCAGAGAGCCCAACCCAAAACAGCAGGUGCAGUGCGCAGCCCGGCCGCAGUAACCUGAGACGCCGACCC